AUGAGGGGGUGUCUAUUAGGCCUAUCGAGGGCGACCAGGCUUCGAUGUAUAGCGGUAAAGGAUAUGUUCUUAUUACCAGAAGGAAGUAUGCGAAUGCAGUCAUUAGAUAGACACGUUUUCAGGGAAGACAGUACACUAUAUAGUAGAAGCUUGCCGCACUUUGUCGACAAAAGAUUCAUGCACAGACAGAGAUGCAAUGCCAGCAGUGCGCAUAUUUCUCUGGCAACGCCUGUAAGUAGAGAUGGUGGAAUUAUCAGCCUAUUUGGCGAGGUGAUACAGAGAUUGAUAAAGAAAAGUCGAGGAAGGGGUGCAAGGGGUGUAUGCAUACGAGUACACGCACGAGACUACACAUACAGCGGUACACAUCUGCAUGCACAUCAUGCAGGCUAUGCACAGGAGCCUAUACGUUCAUUUGGUAUUAGGAAUGUACAUGCAAAAAGUAGUAUGCCUGGGGGGGUACAAACGAUUAAUAUAGCGCAUAUCAGACAACGUACAAUACCGCAGGCCGUGAAGCUGCACAUCCGCACACAUACCCACACACACAUGCCCACACAACCACAAAGCCGCACCUUCUCGUCAGCACACGUAGAGCAUAGGCGUGCAUGCAUAGUGUACCAGCCACAGCGACAACAGCGAUCACGCACUUCGCCGCAGGGGAGGAUGUAUCACACCGCUAGGCGCAAUAGAACACAGCAGGAGGCAUCGAAUGCAACUAUUUCUUACAGUACACCUACAGCCACACCAAUGAAUAAUGUAAGUACAAGCACAAGUGUUGGUGCAAGUGUGACUGAGGUCUCAGGGGUUGCAGCUGGGACAGACCCCUUAUUGUCUCAGGAAUGGAUUACAGGAUCUGCCCAGGAGCAGUCACAGGGGUACUCGGCGCAUAGUAGGGUUAAGAGGAAGGUGUAUACGAGUAUGCCGACACAGUCUAGGCUGCAGCGGUCGUUCCAUCUGCCAAUCACUACACUCGAUGUAUGGGAUGAGGCGUUGGCAGGGGCUAUACCACCAGCGUAUGCGGACGUGAAUUCGAUGCAUUUGGUUAUGUUUGAGGAAAAAGUGAACGAGGACAAGCUCGGUACUGGUGAGACGCCGUAUGGUGAAAGUUUAUCCGGGCUUGGAGUGGAGUUUGGUGAAGCCGGUACCAACUCUCACGAAAGCAAUAACACGGCUGAGCGUACAGAUAGCACUUGGACACCAAUAGAGUUGGCUGAUCCAGAUAAGGUGGAAUUAGUGACUGGUAAGGGCGGUGUCAUAGGGGGAAAUAUCUACAUCCCAGCAGCCAAGGACCAUUUGGAUACACACGCUUUAGCUACGGACCAAUCAGGUGCGAGCGUUUCAGAAACGGACCAAUCAUAUCCUAGCAUAACAACCACGGAACUACAGGACUUUGAGACUACACUCGCUCAAGUGUUAUCACAGCAAUCUUGUGAUGCUGAAACGCUAAAUCUGCUCUUUAGCACGAGCAUUUCGCCGACUCUUGAGUUGGAUGCGAACGCAAAGGCACAGCUGGUAGAACGGCUCUGCAGCCUGGUUUCUGAAAAAAAAGGAUGGAAAAUACCGCAGGAGAGCUACACCGCUAUAGCACACGCUCAAAUCUCGGCUGAUUCCAAACGUUUUGAUGCGCGGGAAUUUUUCAGCACGAUGCUAGAAAACGGGCGUAAACCGAGUACUGAACUUCUGGGGUCCAUGAUAAACGCGUAUUUGCCUCACUUCUCGUACGCCGAGUUGAUCGACACAGUGCGCGCCGCUGAGCAAUAUGGGUGCCAUGUGAGUCUCGAUGAUAUGCUGUCUGCCCUCAGACACGCACGGGAUAGUGGCGCGAAGUUUAGCGGGUUAGAUUUGUUUGCGACGGCAAAACGCGUCAGAGCUGCCCCUGAAGUCGUAUCUGAAGACAUUGCAGACAUACAUACUGAGACCAACGAAUUCGGUGCAAAUGUGCGCCAGGGUAACCAGGUGAAGCCCGUCGCCGAUGAUGCUGUGUCCACUGAAGUUGUGACGCUCCCAGCCAGUGCGUAUGCGGACGUUCUGUCGUUAUGUGCUGACACCAGUGAUGUGGAGAGAGCAGAUGAACUACUCAUGGAGAUGAGGAUCGAAGGCGUAAAACUGACUUAUGAGGUUGUAGAGGAAUUGCUUCGACUACACGUUGGCCUAGGAGACGUAAAGGCUGGUUUCGAUGUCUUCGCCAGAGCGGAGCACGUAGGACUGCCUCCGACUGUGGAUAUGUACAACGCAAUACUCAGCGUGUACACGGCACAGAACGAUGUUGACAUGAUAAAUCAUGUCUUGGGCAUGAUGACCAAAAACGGCGUCGAGACCAACGUUGUCACUACAAACUUGCUUUUGGGACUGAGUUGCAAAAAUGGUGACAUUGAACAGGCUUGGGAUAUUAUUAAUCAGCAGAGUGUUUCAGGACAAGCAAACCACAUUGGAUACCUCGAACUGGCAACAUACUAUAUUCAAGUUGACCAGCACCAAUCAGCCCUCGAGGUUCUGGGCGAGAUGGUCUACCAGAAUGUACCCUACGACUCUGUGCUGCCCCUGUAUCUGAUGUCACUGUACAGUGACGAAGCCAACGUAUCUAGACGCUUCGACGAUCAAAUGAACAUGUGGCGGUUUCUGACUGACAAUGGAUUUGAAGCGAACAAUAUAGCGGCCACUAUGUUGAUCCUGCCGGCCGUGGAGAACCGCAAUAUGCGCGGAGCCUUGCAGAAUCUGAAGAAACUAGAGGAACACUCCGUGCCCAUCGACGCUUACACCGUCGAUUUAUUAAUAGACGGGUGUGUAAGUGGGAUGCAUGCGAACCUGGUUAGGCAAGUGGUAGAUGUUGCAACCACACACAACCACUACAUCUCUGAAGGUAGUUACAAUGCUCUGCUUGAUAUCUGUCUUCGCUCAGCCGAUUCGCAGACGACAGGCUUUCUGCUUGAGAAUAUGAAGAGCAAUGGCUUUGAGCUACAGCCAUCGCAAGAGAUGCUUUUGCUAAAUCUGUAUGUCAAAGAAGACUCGCAGGCGUCUUUGGCCAGAACCACCGCAAUUAAGCAGUCUCUCGAAAACCGAGGAGUGCCCAUAGCCGAGUCUAUUUACAGCCUUCUAGCUGUGCGCCUGGCGAAGGAGGGACAAGUCAGCGAGUCCUUUGCCAUUGCACGGUCCCUACAUAAAAAGGGGUUCGACCCCGCAACAACGUACUCGUCCGUAAUCCAGGAGCUUUUGCAGCGGAAGGACAUCAAAUCAGCCAUUGAUGGCUUAAAAGAGUGUAUGACACUCAAGAACACGGACAAGCAUGCCGGCAGCGUACUCGACCAGGUGGUGGCACUAUUAGGCGAUCAGAACGACACCGCUACACUACAGGCGCUGCUCGGUGAGGUGUGGGCUAUGACUGACCUAACCACGCCAGCCACACAGAAAGCUAUGCCUGCGGUUUUGGCGCGUGCUACAAGCACAGGCACGUAUGAUGAGGUGGCAGAGAUGGCCUCAAGAAUGACUCAUAAUCUGCUCAACAAAGCCAGUCAUCUCGAUCCCUUCACCAAGGUGGGUGCUGCGUAG